UCAGCGGCUGCCGCAGGAUGUAGCGGGUUCGUGGGUUCGCAUCGUUUUUGCCGGUUGGAUUCUUUACGUCGCGUCAGGUUUGGCGGGGGGGAUGGAUAUUGUAACGAAUAAGAUUUGAAAACAACCAAAAAUGUCGCAUAUCCUGGAUGCGGCCUCCAAAGUGAAAUGGGACCGAGCGGCGGCGGUGAAACGCGCCGCGCUGGUUGCGGCUGCAGCCUACAGCCUCAAAACGCUGUACCCGAUCAUCUGCAGGCAGAUCGGCAAAAACACGCACCGACGGCUCUCCAAGGCCGAAAACGGCUCGCUGACGUCUCUCACCGAAGCCGCGGAUCCCACCAGGACAUCUCCGGGGGUGAAUGCGGAGUUUUUCCAGCAGAUCCUGGCGCUGGGGAAAAUCCUCUUCCCCAAGCUGGUGUCCAGAGAACUGGGUUUGCUCUCCUUGCACUCGGUGGCGCUCGUGUCCAGGACUUUUCUGUCGAUUUAUGUUGCCGGUUUGGACGGAAAGAUCGUCAAAACGAUCGUGGAGAAGAAACCCAAGAGCUUCGUUAUCCAGCUGAUCAAAUGGUUCCUGAUCGCCAUCCCAGCCACCUUCGUCAACAGCGCCAUCCGGUACCUGGAGUGCAAACUGGCUCUGGCCUUCCGCACCCGGCUGGUGCAUCACGCCUACCGGACCUACUUCACCGAUCAGACCUACUACAAAGUCAGCAACAUGGACGGGAGGCUGGCCAAUCCGGAUCAGUCCCUGACUGAGGACGUGAUGAUGUUUUCUCAGUCCGUGGCCCACCUGUACUCCAACCUGACCAAGCCAAUCCUGGACGUGAUGCUCACCUCCUACACGCUGAUCCAGACCGCUCGUUCCAGGGGGGCCAACGCCUCCGGGCCCACCCUGCUGGCCGGGCUGGUGGUUUUCGCCACGGCCAAGGUUCUCCGAGCCUGCUCGCCCAAAUUUGGCAAGUUGGUUGCCGAGGAGGCUCACAGGAAAGGCUACCUGCGCUACGUGCAUUCCAGGAUCAUCGCGAAUGCUGAAGAAAUAGCUUUCUACAGAGGACACAAGGUGGAGAUGCGUCAGCUGCAGAAGUGUUACCGGGCUCUGGCAGAGCAGAUGAACCUCAUCCUGUCCAAGCGUCUGUGGUACAUCAUGAUCGAGCAGUUCCUCAUGAAGUACGUGUGGAGCAGCAGCGGCCUCGUCAUGGUGGCCGUGCCGAUCAUCACAGCCACCGGCUUCGCUGACAACGAAACUGCAGAUGGUCAUACACAGGUGUUGGUGAGCGAGAGGACGGAGGCUUUCACCACCGCCCGUAACCUUUUGGCCUCAGGAGCCGAUGCCAUUGAGAGGAUCAUGUCCUCCUACAAAGAGGUCACAGAGUUGGCAGGCUACACUGCACGGGUCCACAACAUGUUUCUAGUAUUCGAGGAAGUCCAAAAGGGGGUGUACAAGCGCUCCUCUGUGUCAGUCACAACAGAAGAAAAGAAGAGCAGACCUGAGAUGCACAUUGAUGGACCACUGGAGAUCAGAGGGGAAGUGAUAGAUGUGGACAAGGGCAUUGUGUGUGAGAAUGUCCCAAUUAUCACACCCAACGGGGACAUAGUUGUGUCGAGCUUGAACUUUAAGGUUGAAGAGGGAAUGCACCUAUUGAUCACAGGGCCUAAUGGUUGUGGGAAAAGCUCUUUGUUCAGGAUCCUGAGCGGCUUGUGGCCCGUCUACAGUGGCCGGCUGCACAAACCCUCUCCUGAGCAUAUGUUCUACAUCCCCCAGAGGCCUUACAUGUCCAUUGGUACGCUGCGAGAUCAGGUCAUCUACCCGGACACGGCAGAGGACAUGACCGCCAGAGGCUUAACAGAUAGAGACCUGGAGGCCAUCUUGGACAUCGUGAACCUGAACCACAUCGUUACCAGAGAAGGAGGUUGGGAUGCUGAGCUGGACUGGAAGGACGUUCUGUCAGGAGGCGAGAAGCAAAGGAUGGGCAUGGCCCGCAUGUUCUACCACAGGCCAAAAUACGCUCUGCUGGAUGAGUGUACCAGUGCUGUGAGCAUUGAUGUAGAGGGAAAGAUUUUUCAGGCCGCUAAAGACACCGGCAUCUCACUGCUCUCCAUCACACACAGGCCCUCUCUGUGGAAGUACCACACCCACCUGCUGCAGUUUGAUGGCGAUGGAGCCUGGCGUUUCGAGCAGCUGGACACGGCAACGCGCCUCUCCCUCACUGAGGAGAAACAGCGGCUGGAGGCCCAGCUGGCCGGAAUCCCUGAGAUGCAGCACCGCCUCAACGAGCUCUGCAAGAUCCUGGGAGACGACUCUGUCCUCAAAACAAGGCAGGAGUGAGCAAGCGGGAGGGAAGGGAAAGAGGCCCACUGAAGUGGGGGUGGGGGGGGGGGUGAAA